AUGUCCGAAUGUGCUUAUGACAAGGGUCAUCGCCGAUAUGUUAGCAACAGAGACAGUAAGGACGACAGUGGAGGAUCCAAAAAGUGUGAUCAAUCGCGAUUUUGGAGAAUUGUUGAAUGGGUUGUUACACUGGAUACGGCACAACCUAAGGCUGUUAAUUAUAGCUCGAUACCGCGAGUCAGUAAUUAUGUGUUUUUCUUAGGAGGUCGCUUGCGCACGGUUGCCGGCACACAUUACCUUUCUCUGUUUGUGCUAGCUGCAUGGAUUGUGCCGAUGGUUCUUUAUUCCAUUUUUGAGGCUCAGACAAUUUGGAGCUUUGGCCAUGGCCAUGGUGCGUUGGUGGUGAUGUUUUACUAUUCUUGGGCAAUCUGUCUUGCCUCUUUCAUCAGAACAGCUGCAAGUGAUCCAGGUGCUCUUCCGCGGAACGUGCAUGUUCCAACGGUGGUAAACGAUUUCGAGCUGCCGCAAGAAUACUAUAAUAUUAUAACACUGCCGAGCGCCCAUCCGGAGGGACGCACUAUUGAUGUCAAGUACUGCCCGACGUGCCGCAUUUGGAGGCCGCCCAGGACAUCGCACUGUUCAGCUUGUGAGGCUUGCAUCACAACUCAUGAUCAUCACUGCGUGUGGGUCAAUAAUUGCAUCGGCCAAAGAAAUUACCGUUUCUUCAUAGCGUUUUUGGCAAGCGGAGUCGUCGCCAUUUUUUUAUGCAUCAUAAGCUGUGCAAUCCAUGUACACAAGGUCUCUCAUCCUCGCUCUGCCACGGUAGCCAUACUAUUAAUCGUGUACUGUGUACUAUCCCUUUGGUAUCCUUUGCUCUUGCUGAUGUUUCAUUUCAUCGCGACCUCGACCCAGCAAACGACAAGAGAAUAUUUGAGAAAUUUAACCUCAAGAAGGGCCAUAUUUCGUGGAUUUGUUUCACCUGAUACCAACGCGUUCGAUCGAGGCAAUCGUGGGGAAAAUAUGUUUAAUUUGAUAUGCCAACCGCGGGGUGUUAGUGUCAUGAGUUCUCGUGGUACCCAUGCACCUGGAGAUUGGCGAUUUUUGAGCUUGCCACAAGCGCAUAGUUUUGAGAAGGUGUAA